AUGCUUCUCAGGAGGGAGGGCGAAACAGGGCCAAUGGUAAUUUCACUUCACUGUGCUAUCUUUGUUUUCAUUAGUUCAGAAAUCUAUCUGCUAGAGAACUCAACUGGAGCAUCAGAACUAAGCACUCAUCAAGGUGGGAUAUCAGAGCUUGAACAAAUGGUGAAACAGUUGACCUUUACAAGGUCUGAAACCCAACGCUUGAUGGCGUUGUUGCAAUCAAGAACCAUCGAGGAGUCACCAUCUCCUCUUUUAAGGCUUGAAACAUCAACAACAAACGGCUCACUGAAAAACCAUGGAGACGAAAGGGACAACUUCCAUGCUUCUGAUGUCGGUUCAAGAGUUCUUGAAGAGCAGAUUGCUUCACAUUCUGAGAUUGUAACAGACCUUCCAAAAACACUAAUGGUUUCACUACAACACCCAGCGACUAUGGAGAAUCUCCCAGGGGAGGUUUUAGUAAACAUAUUUAUCCGCUUAUUUGCCAAACAACUUGCUCAAAUGAGAUCUGUCUCCAAAUCUUGGAAUGCUCUUUUAUCUCAAUCCUCCUUUGUAAAAUCCCACCUCCAUCGUUCCAUCCAUAACAACGAUCAAAUUAUCUUGGUCUUCUAUCGCUCUUCACCAUUCACAGCACACCCAUGUCGAUUCCCCCAUCUCGAACUCACUAAUUUCAUCAAACUUCCAGUUAACCCCCGAUUUGAAUAUACAAAGAGCAUCAAAGUUAUUGGUGCUGUUAAUGGCUUAAUAUGCUUUGCAGAUGGUGAUUAUAUGAUUCACAUCUGGAACCCUUCUCUAUCUGCCAUGUUAACUCUCCCGCCAUAUACCAUACCCUGCAAUGAGAAUAAUUCUAGCGAAAUCUAUUUACGGUUUGGCUUUGAUCCCAAAACAGAUGAUUACAAAGUUGUCAAACUUACAGGCCUUACUGAACCACCCAUAUAUCUCGUUAACCGGUGGCUGCAAGUUGAGAUAUAUAGCAUGAGAAGGGGUUCAUGGGAGUUGAUCACUGCAAGGUUUCCCUCGCACAUCACAAACAUUAUUGAUGGCGAUUGUGUUUGUGCAGAUGGCCAUGAUGGCCAUCUUCAUUGGCUUGGCUAUAUUGGUAAGACGUAUGAUUCAGAAAGGAUAGUGGCAUUUGAUUUGGGUUCAGAGACAUUCCGUGAGAUACCUCUUCCAGAUUCUACAGUUGAUGACUAUCGCUCAAACGAUUUAGGAGUUUUAUCCAGAAAGCUUUGUGUGACAUCACGGCUUCUUCUCAACGAAGGAUACGAGUUUAUUGGUGGUUCAUAUCCAUUUGGAUUCACAUCACACAAUGUGUUUGUUAUUGAAGAGGAUAAUCGUCUUGUUUUGUACGAUCCAGUUGCGGAACAGGCUAAAAUCUUGGGGCCACGCUAUUCGGAAAAAUCUGGCGCAGAUAAAGUUGUGGAGUAUGUGGACAGUCUUGUUUGGUUAACACCUCCCGAGUGUGAGAUAGUGGAUGGUGCGUGA